ACCCAGCCUCCGGGAAGCCUGUUUUGGCGCAUGCGCCCAUCGCAUGGCCCUUGGCGGGCCCUUCAGGCGCGGCGGAGGGCCGGGGUUUGACUGAGGUUCCUCCAUGGCUCCUGGGAUGGAAUGGCUGCUAAGACGAUGGAAGGAAUUGCUUCCUGGUCUGACAACCCGUGCCCUCCAGAGGCAGUAUCGCUAUAGAUGUCACCAUGGCCCCCCUCACAGAGCAAAGCGUCUGGUGCUGUCCCAGCUCUUUCAGCCUCUGAAUCUUCGAGAGGUUGGGCUGGAGAGCAAACCUGAUGAUCUGACAUGUAAGAGUCAGAGGCUGAUGAUACAAGCAGGCUUAAUCUACCCCUCUAGCCCCGGCUGCUACUACUACAUGCCUUACACUGUUCGAGCAAUGGAGAAGCUUGUCAAGGUGAUAGACCAAGAAAUGCAGGCUAUCGGGGGGCAGAAGCUAAAUAUGCCCAGUUUAAGUUCUGCAGAGCUCUGGAGAACCAGUGGGCGGUGGGAUUUAAUGGGCAAAGAGCUCUUCCGACUUGCAGACAGACACAGCAAAGAGUACUGUCUGGGGCCAACUCACGAAGAGACCAUCGCAGACCUGAUUGCCUCCCAAGCGAACUUGUCUUACAAGCAGCUGCCGCUCCUGCUAUAUCAGAUAACACGGAAGUUUCGAGAUGAGCCCAAGCCCCGUUUUGGCUUGCUGCGCAGCAGGGAAUUCUACAUGAAGGACAUGUACACGUUUGACACCUGUGAGGAAGCUGCUCGCCAGACCUACAGCCUGGUGUGUGAGGCCUACUGCAACGUGUUUAACAGCUUGGGGUUCCGCUUUGUCAAAGUGCAGGCAGAUACGGGCAGCAUUGGGGGGAGCAUGUCCCACGAAUUCCAGCUCCCUGCAGGCAUUGGAGAGGACAGGCUGAUGAUCUGCUCCAACUGUAGUUUUUCAGCCAACGUGGAAACAAUAAAUCCUGACCAGACAAACUGCCCAGUUUGCAAAGGAAAACUGUCUGAGAGCAAAGGGAUUGAAGUUGGGCAUACGUUUUAUCUGGGCACCAAGUACUCUUCUGUUUUUAAUGUCAACUUCCACACUGCCCAAAACAAACCUGUCCUAGCAGAAAUGGGUUGCUAUGGCUUGGGCAUAACUCGGAUUCUGGCUGCUUCUGUCGAGGUGCUUUCAACAGAAGACAGCAUCCGUUGGCCAACCCUCAUUGCACCUUACCAGGUCUGCCUCAUUCCCCCUAAGAAAGGCAGCAGGGAAGAGAUGGGUGCGGUGCUAAUGGAUAAUUUAUAUGACAGUAUUGUCGAAGCCGUGCCUCAGAUUAAAGGGGAAGCUGUGCUGGAUGACAGGACUCACUUGACCAUUGGUAAAAGAUUAAAAGAUGCUAACAGACUUGGUUACCCGUAUGUUAUAAUAGCUGGGAAGAAAGUUUUUGAUAAUCCCCCCGAGUUUGAAGUUUGGAAUCAAAACAGUGGCGAGAUCAUGUUCCUUACUAAAGAAGGUGUAAUUGAAUUGCUAAGUAAAGUGCAAGUUCCCUGACCUUCCAGUCUUUGGUCUGUGAUCCUUGAU